AUGUCCAAGCGGAAACUCUUCGAGCAAUUCGACCCCACCAAAUCCGACUCCGACGACGAAACAUACGGCGCCGCCGCCACUUCCUCCCCUCGCCCUCGCCCUCGCCCUCGCCCCCGACCCCAAGGCCGCUCCUCCCGACCCAAACCCUCGGCGCGCAGCAGCAACAGACCCGCCAAGCGACGACGGGAAAAGUACGGCGAUAGCGAGGACGAUAUCGAGGCGGAUAGCGACGAGAUUAGUGAGGAGGAAGAGGACGAGGAGGUGGAUUUUGCUGCGGAUUCGGAUGCGGAUGCGGAAGAGGUGGUGGUCGAGACGAAUCCGAGGACGGGGCGGAGUGUGAGGUCCGUUGCUAAGAAGCCGGUCAAGUACGAGGAUCCUUCUGAAGACGAUAUCGAGGCGGUGGAUAGUGAGGCCGAUCCGUUAGGACCUACGUCUGGUGUGAGAGGUAGUAGACGCGGUCAAGGUGUGCAAGGUGUGACUUCCAGACCGGCACCAGCAGUCACGCCAUCACUCGUCCUCAAGCUCAAAGUACCUUCGAUCAUGGAGGGUGGACGAUCACUACGGACACGCACGGGUGGGAAGAGUAUCGGGAGGCAAGAAUCUACUCCGGCUGAACACCGUGGCAUCAACACACGGAGGAGUAGUCGCAUCUCGCAUGAUGAUCAGGAGCCUUUGGUCGCGUUGACGGACUCGGGCAGGCAUGAGCAGGUCACUAGGGCUGGCACUGCGACGCCGGAGCCUGAGGGCUCACGUCGGCCUACGAGAGGUGGCAAAGGAUUGAAGAAGCCGCCCAGUGCGAUAAUGGAGGCAUCACAAGAGGACUCGCAACCCACACAACAGACUGGGCAGGGCGAGAUCAUUGCUUCGCAGCUGGCGGAUGAGUUGGGCGUCGAUAUCGCGCCUGUCGAAGCCGACGCGCUGAACGAAGAAGACGAGGACAUGAUCAUGGAGCGCGUAGAUGAGGAAGAUCGCAUCGUGCAGGAAUCGAUGGAGGAAGAUGACGACGAAGACGAGGCUCCCAUCAAAGGCGGACGCUCGCUUCGACAGCGCCACAAAGCCUCCACACCACCAACCUCCCAACCUAUCCUCAAGACUGGUGGUCGAUCUUUGCGGGCGAGAAAGUCGGGGGCGGAACCUAGUAGUGACUUUGACCCCGAGGCCGACGCCGAAGCAGAUGUAGAGGAGAACUUGUCCGAGUCGGAUGAUUUACUCAAGAUCCCUCGCGGGGAUAGCGAUGGGAAUAGCAGGAGUGGGAGGCGGUCCGGCCGACUCUCACGCAAGACGGCUUCGCAGAGAAGUCGCUCGCGAAGACAUGGGUCGGAUGAGGAGGAGGAGGCGGACGAGGAGCUGGACCCGGAGGAGAUUGCCGAUGAGGCUGCCGAGCUGGACGAGGAUGCCCGACGGAACAAGCGGACGCGCAAGCGGCCUUCGACUCGGAAUGAGAUUGCUUUUGAGCCGAAUUUGCGGAAUAGGGGGAAUAGGCCGGAUUAUCGGAUUCUGAGGCCGGAGCUGUUGCAUACGUUGGAGGAGGAUGAGAAUGCUAUAGCGACUGCUGCCACGCCGCAGCGUAAUCGACGGACUGGAGGUGGUGGGGGUGCUUAUCGCAGCCUGUUCUCCACCAUGGGUCCUUUCGGCGGUGCAGGUGGUCCUCUACCCGUGUUCGGUGGACCUGAUGGUGCUGCGGCGACGGGAGGUGUGGAUUCGGAUAGCAGUGAUGACGAGGCUCGAGGUGGACAGCAAGGCUUUGGUGGUACUGUGGGUAUGACGCCCACCUCUGCCUUUCCCAAGCCUUUUGUUCCACCGGCAUUGAACAGCGAUCCUAUCCAAGGUCCUGGUGGCGGGCCUCCGGGUCUUGGCAAGGUCAAGGAUAAGAAAGCUCUGGCUGAUGCUGAUCCGCUUGGUGUCGAUCCGAAUGUCAGUUUUGAUGGUGUUGGUGGGUUGGAUGAUCAUAUCGAUCGGCUGAAGGAGAUGGUCGCGCUACCAUUGCUAUACCCAGAAGUGUUUCAGCGCUUCCAUGUCACGCCACCUCGUGGUGUUCUAUUCCAUGGCCCUCCGGGUACUGGUAAAACACUUCUAGCUCGCGCACUAGCUUCGAGUGUGAGUUCGCAUGGCCAGAAAGUAACAUUCUACAUGCGAAAAGGCGCCGAUGCGCUCAGCAAAUGGGUCGGCGAAGCCGAGAAACAACUCCGCUUGCUCUUCGAAGAAGCCCGCAAAAACCAACCCAGCAUCAUCUUCUUCGACGAAAUCGAUGGCCUCGCCCCCGUCCGCUCAAGCAAACAAGAACAGAUCCACGCCUCCAUCGUCGCCACUCUCCUCGCCCUAAUGGACGGCAUGGACGGUCGAGGCCAAGUCAUCGUCAUCGGAGCGACCAACCGUCCCGACUCCGUGGACCCAGCUCUCCGACGACCCGGCCGCUUCGACCGAGAGUUCUACUUCGCUUUGCCGGACCAGAAAGCCCGCCGCGCCAUCAUCGACAUCCACACCAAAGGCUGGGAUCCCGAGCUUCAACCCGCAUUCAAGGACAACCUCGCCGAAAUCACCCGCGGCUACGGUGGCGCCGAUCUCCGCGCCCUAUGUACUGAAGCCGCGCUGAAUGCUGUACAGGGCACUUAUCCCCAAAUCUACGCCAGCGACAAGAAACUCGUCAUCGAUCCCAGCACGAUCAAAGUCAUGGCAAAGGACUUCAUGAUUUCCGUGAACAAAAUCAUCCCUUCCUCGGAACGCUCCGUAGCUUCCGGCGCCGCGCCAUUGAAGAAAGACGUCGAACCCUUACUCCGCAAACCGCUUCUAGAACUCACGAACCGUCUCAACGACGCUUUGCCCCGCAAAAGGAAAGCUACGGCGUUGGAAGAGGCGAUGUACGAUGAUCGCGAAGACGAGCUGGGGUUCGAGCGGGAGACGAUGCAGAGGCGGUUUGAGAGCGCGAGGAUUUUCCGGCCGCGAUUGUUGAUUCAUGGGGCUGGGGGGAUGGGGCAGCAGUAUCUUGGUGCGGCGUUGUUGAGUAAGUUCGAGGGGGUGCAUGUCCAGGGUUUUGAUAUGGCUACGCUUUUGAGGGAUUCCACGAGGUCACCCGAAGCUGCUAUUGUGCAGCUUUUUGAGGAGGUCAAACGCCAUAAACCUAGCGUCAUUUACCUGCCUAAUGUGGAUAUCUGGUAUGAGACGCUUUCGGACUCGUCGAUACGCACUUUUGCUGGACUGUUGCGCGGCUUGAAUCCUACGGAGCCGGUGUUGGUGCUGGGUGUGAUGGAUCGUGAUAUCACGCGCGAAUCUGAUCUUCGCGAAACGGACAAGAGGUUGAUUCAGGACUUGUUUAAUUACUCUUCGAAGAAUCGAUAUAUACUCGCGCGACCAGACAAGCCGUCAAGACACGAGUUCUUCCAGGGCGUCAUCGAUCUCAUCAACAAAGCACCCUCCGAGUUCCCAGAACCAGAAAACAGAAAACGACGCAAACUAGCCGAACUCCCCGUCGCCGCCGUCCUGGAAGAACCAAAACGCGGCCUAACAAAAGAAGAACAACGCGCACAAAAGAAAAAAGACCGCACCACCUUGAACAUGCUCAAACUCCACAUCCAAUCCGUCAUGGACCAGAUCAAGCUCAAGUACAAAAAAUUCCGCACCCCCGUCAUCGACGACGCAGCCAUCAGCUACCUCUACGACGAACAGAACCCGGACCUCAUCACCACGGAUCUAAAUGAGGAGCAAAAAACCGCACAGCGUCUCUUCCGCCCAUACGAACUAGACAAAGACGAAAAAGGCGUCCCCGGAUUGCGUGAGGUGGGCACGGGGAAAUUCUACUACAACCUCGAAAUCGUGACGAUCGAGAAACGGCUGAGUAACGGGUACUAUAAGCGUCCCCGGGAUUUUUUGGCGGAUAUCAAGCGGUUGGCUAAAGAUGCGAGGGUUUCGGGGGAGCAGGAGAGGACGUUGAAGGCGAAUGAGAUGUUGGCGAAUGUGGAGGUGGAUAUGGGGACGCUGGAGCAGAUGCAGCCGGGGUUGUGUGGGGAGUGUGAGGCGGUUUAUGAGAGGGAGGUGGGGAGGGAGAGGGAGAGGGUUGGGAGGGUUAUGGGGAGGGAGGUUGGCGGGGGGGUCGGUGGGGGUGGUGUGCCGAGGAUUGGGUUACCGUCUGGGGUGGGGAAUGUUCCGGUUGUCGGGGCGUCGAAGACGACGACGGAGGAUUCUGGGCCGGUUGUGCUGGGGCAAGAAAUUCCCGGGGGGAGGAGGACGGGGUUGUUUGAUGGUGCUGCUGCUGCUGCUGCUGCUCCCGUAACGCCUAGUAGAAUUUUCGGAGGUUCGGUGGGGGGUGUGGGAGGGGGGUUUCCGGAGAGUGCGAAUCCCUGGAGUACGACGAAUGGGAGUGGGAGUCAUAGUCAUGGCUUGACCAAUGGGUCUUCGGCUGGUGGUGGUGGUGGUGGUGGUGGUGGUGCUGGUCGUGCUGGCACACUGGUUGGCGAAGGACAUCUGGGUCGGGAUGAGGACGAGGAGAUGUUGGAUCCGAGCCAGGAGGAGCUUCUACAUCACCAACAGAAUACGCAGCCGGGGACCCAGCCUGGGGGUCUCUCUCGGUCCCAAAGCCACGGUCUCACGCGCCUAGCCCCCGGUUCCCAACCGGAGAAUUAUCCAAAUAGUGCUUCCACCACCACUUCCGGACAAAAGACAAGCGAUAAAAGUCAUCGGAGUAGUGGUCCGUAUAGCGUGAACUCGCAGUACACGAAUGGUCAUCGUGGGGGUACCACGACAGGAGCAGGGACAAGUGGAAGGCCGGAUUUCAGUAUGAUUGGGCCGCAGGAGGGGGGGAGCCAGUUACCGGAUACGCAGCCGCCUGAAGGCGGGAGCGGUGGGAGUCAGGCUUCGGCUUCUCAGCCACAACAGCAGUAUGAGGGGGUUGGGGGGGGUUCGCAGCCGAUGGGGCCGCCUGCUGCUCCGACGAUGUCGAAUGCGGCGACUGUGGGUGCGGGUACGUCGUCUGGCGAUCUUGGUGGUGGUGGUGGUGGUAGUGGUGUUGGGGGCCAAGUGAGGGGGCACAGCAGUAUCAACGCCCUCCUCAACAAUCCUGUCCCCACCGCUCUCGAAGGAGGAGCAGAACCGAUCCCCACCCCUAACCCCACCGAUCCCGCACCACCCGCACCUCCCCCUCCAAGCAGAAUCAUAAUCGACCUCGCCACAGUCGAACAACUGCACUACCACCUCACACACUCCUCAUCGGGAUGUUCGGUCGAGCAACUGGAGCAGAUUUCUUCAAGGUUGAUGGAUGUCAUUUGGCGGACGCGGGGGAAUUGGAAUCGCGUGCAGGUUGUGAUUGCGGUGAAGGAUGCUUUUAAUGAGGUUGUGGGGGAUAUUGAGGCGUGUCAGAGGAUUUUGGGGCCGAGUCAGCCUUGA